AUGGCCACUGAGUGUUCGCUCCUCACUCACUCGCUGAUGGUUAAGCCCCGACACAGAGGGGUAAUUUCUGGGCAGCGCGGGGUCGUCAGCGAGGAGCGGUUCCUGUGUGGGCCUGAUAAACACACACAUUCCCCACUGGGUCCCCUGCUCCUGGUAGUGUUUGAACUGCCCCUGUCCUUCAAGCUCCCAGUCCUGACAGUUGAGCAUGGAUUCCCCCACCAGCCCAGCGCUCUCAGCUACAGUCCCACCCUGCAGCUGCUGGCCAUCGGCACCCGCUCCGGGGCCAUCAAACUGUAUGGAGCUCCAGGUGUGGAGUUCAUGGGUCUACAUGAUGAGAAUGCUGCCGUCACACAGGUGCACUUCCUCCCCCACCAGGUUGAACUGGUGACUCUGCUGGACGACAACAGUCUGCACAUGUGGACAUUAAGAGCCCACAAGGGACUCUCUGAACUUUUGGAGAUAGGACGCUUCACUCUCACUGGACCACCUGGUGCCCCUCCAAGUGUGACCAGAGUGACGGCAGUGCUGGCUCACUCUUCGGGGGAGCUGCUACUGUUGGGGACAGAAGGAGGACAUGUCUUCAUAGUUGAAGUCCCGGGGUUCAGAGAGCUGGAAGAGAGAAACAUCAGCCUCGAUCAAGUCGCCAACAGGUACCACGACACCAUGAGCCCAGCACUGUUUGUCAGCUGUCCGAUUGGUUGGUAA